AUGUCUUUAAAUCCUUUAAAUGAACUCAAACGUCGCUUGGAUGACCACGAAACACCUCUGCCCAAGCGGCUGUGUCUCGCUAGAAACUUGAUAAAGUCCCAUCACUUCCCGUCAGCACCGAAGGAGCGUAUUGUAGCCGAUUGGCUCCACAUGUUGAUGCAGAAAAAUGAACUCAGCCGAGAAGACCUAAGAAAUGUAAUAGACUGGCUAAAUGUAGUUGAUGAUGUCACCAGUGAACUAAAAAGCAAAAUAAUACAGAUUGUAUCGCAAUACUUCAAUUGCAAUCCCAUACAAAAGGAAGAUGUGCAAAGUCUACUGUCAUUUUUGGAGAACCCAAAGUUAUCGUCCCAGCUUGGUUUCCACACAGAAGAGUGGCUGAGCAUUGCCAUGACUCUAUUAGAGUAUUUCAAGGUAGAAGAUUCUGAAUCCAGUUUAUUACUGAGUCAAAGAGUUUUCAACAACAUUGUGAAGUUUUACAAGGAGUCGAAAAAGAAACUUGAAUUUAUUCUAAAACUCCUAGACGAACAAAACUUACAAACGAUUUUUAGUUAUUUAGACUCGGACAGAAGUACAGUUAUCGCUGUUUGUGGAAGUAUUUUGUUUCCGAUGAACAAAAAGUCUUUCUUUGGAAGUUACCUUCAAACUCUGGUACGUAAAGACAAUAUCAGUGAUCUCUUAGCUGAGAAAGGCGAUAACAUACAAUCGGUAAUAAAAAUCAUGGAUGCAUUCUUUUCGUUCCCCAAAGGGAAUGAUCAAAAGUUUCUAACUGAUUUUAUUGAUAUAUUUGUUAGCUGUUACUACACAGAAGCACAGCUCAUCUUUGCGUUUUACAUUAUGGUUGCAAAUUCUCUGAAGAUGGAACAAAAUUAUUUGACUCCUGCUAUGACUAUGACCCCUAUUGCGUUUGAAGAGAACAGUGAAAAGACUGUAAGAAAUAUUUUCCUGAAUAUGCUUGAAACUGUCCUGAGGAAUGAAGUUGAUAUAAACGUUAGAUUAUCUGACACAUUAGGUGUGAAAAUACCGAAAGUUGAAACGCAAAAGACGUUUCUUGUUUUUCUGGAGGCAGUCAUGCUAGGUCAGUUGAAAAUGGACAAAAAACCGGACAAAGCUACCUUCCAAAUUAUAAAAACUGCUCUGAAAUUGGACCCAGCGUUAAUCGAACCCAAAAUGAAGGAAAUUCUUCCACCAAUAAUGACAGCUAAAAAAAGUAAUACAAGCAACUUGGAAUCUUACACAGAGAUGUUAAACUGCCUUUUAGAAAUAUUGUUUAAGUUGAGCAGAGGCACUACUUUUGUAAAUCAAAUUCUACCAAUGGUAAAAAGUCAUUUAGAAGCUAGCAACACUGAGCAGACAGAUUUGAUCCAGAAACUAAGAAAUGGCACAGAAAAUGAGAAAACAAAGAACAAAAUUAUAAAUGGAUCUGAUGUAUUUCCCAAGGAAAGCAUAGAACUGUAUGGAAAGUUAACUUGUGAACUUAUGUUCAGGCAGAAUAAAGAUUUGCUAGCAUCUCUACAGAAAGACUUUGAAGACCAUUGCUUGGCAACACUAGAAGACAAAACUAUCAGUCCAUCAACUAUAACGCUCACGGAAGUCAUGUCGGCCAUUUUGUGCAGCUUCUUGCGACACAACAAGAUGGCGGACCACACUGUGCCGCUGAAUAUCGCGCAAGAUUUCUGGGCGGCGUUCAAACAUUUCGAAACUGAUAUUUUAAAAAGAUUUGGAGAAUGUGUUCUUGAAUUUAAUAAUGAGCCACAACUAACGCAAUCAUUUCUAAAACUGUGCAUAUCUUGCUCCCAAUUGAAGCUGUUCAACAUAAAGUAUAGCAAUGUCAAAACUGAACUAUCAGACUUCACAAAUGAGGUGUUUAACUUAUCUGCUAUGCUGCCUUGUUUAAAUGCAGAGCAGUGGACAGUUCUUUCUUCGAAUGUAGAUGAUGAAGGAACAUUGCUAUUGGAAGAACUACUUCUCAUCAAAACCAUGGUCAUACAAACAGUGCAAAGAAAUGCUGAGACCAGCCAAGAAUUAAUAUUACCGACCAAAACCCACCUAAUCAAACAACUCUCCAAAAAUCUACCAAAUUGUGAAACCAGUGAAUACAUUUCAAAAGUUCUAUUUAGCAAUUUGGACAAGAAUCAAGCAAAACAAGUAGCCAAAAUUGUUGUGAAGUUAUCGUUGAAAAAUUCAGAUUUUGAAAUAUUCAAUAAUGAAACCGUUUCAAAUAGCAGGCCAUUAAUGAAUGCUUUAGUUGUAGAAACUGUGAAACAAAUGUGCAAAUGUUUUGAUAAUACAGAAGAUUUAACCAAAGUCCUGAACAAAACUGACUUUGAUAUGGGUUCAUUCGCAAAAGAAAGAGACAUGAAGGAGUUUUUCAAUCAACUAACAAUAUCAGGAGAAUGCAAUGAUGAAAACACCCUUCCAAAUUGCGUAGAGAUCUUAAAACAUUUAAAAAUCUACUAUUUAGAAGAAUCGUACCAAUUGGUAACAUUAUUAAUGUUGCUGGCAGCAAAAAAUAACGCUCAGAAAAAGCAGAAAAAGCUAAGGCGAAGCAUAGACCAUUUAUUGCAAAGUAUAUUCGAGUUGAGCGAAUGUUCACCAGAUUUGUACAAAAUGUUCCCAGUCGACUACAUAUUUUCAUUCAAAGACAGACUUUUGUUAGAUUUGCUGACAUUGAAAAUCAAAGUGUCGAAUAACAUGUGUGUGAUAAAAAGUCUUGUAGAUUCUGCUGUAAAAAGGGUGCGUAUGGAGAAAGAAAUUAUAACAAAAAUUGUGGAGUUACUUCUGAAGAAACAAUCAAAAUCCUCAGACAAAGGCAUAGAAUUCUUUAGUGAUCCCGCGUUCCAAAUAAGCUGUGCUUUAUUGCCAUCUCUCGUCAAACAAAAACGAAUUUUCAAACAAAGCGCGCCAAGAACGAUCCUAGCAGACUUUCAAGAGAAAAUCCACAAAUCUCUUCUGGAAUGUUUUAAAAAUAUAAAUUUUAAUGACAUUAGUAAUAUUUCUAUGGAUAAAACUGGCAACAUUGAUGAGAGCGUGGUAGUUUCUGAGAACACUGCAGCGACACUGAAUGCGAUUGCAGCGUACUCGCUCACACUAUCGAAGUACUGUGAGACAACAGAUAAGGAAGAAAUGAAGAAUUUGGAUUAUUUGUGGCCAGGAUUGGAGUUCUUUGUGCAAAAUGCUAUAAAUGCGCUCCAAAAUCCUGAUUCAAAACAUCAACACGUUGAAUCUUCGAUACAACUUCUAAACGUCGUUUUGCGCUACAUAAAAAAACUAGAAGCUCACGACAUCUUCCAGACCAAAGACAAACUGUUUCUGCAGAUCUGGAACAGCAUAAAAACUAGGUUGUCUAUGGUACUAAGUCAGGAUUCGUCGACACACGUCAACGUUGCAUUUUUGGAAGAUAUAUCAGUGAAUUUGAGAUACAUUUGUGAGUUAGUGUCCGUGGAAGUAUUUACAGUGAAUUUUGUGGGCGAUUUGAAUAAGUUGGCACAGUAUGAGAAUCCUUCAAAACUUCUGAAGAACGAAGAACAGAUCAAAACCAUUUUAACAUCCCACAAAGUAUCCAAAUAUUUGUGGGUACAGAUCUUAAAAGCGAACAUAGUGGGACCAAAAUGUGUUGCCAUAUCGAAGUCAAUCUACCAAAUUAGUAGAAAUUUGAAAAGUUACAUACAACAACAUUACGAUGCUGAUCAAAGUGGGGUAGUCAUCAAAAGUAAGAAAAAGAAGAUGACAGUGGAAUUCCAAAAUGAAGAUGCUGUGCUUAAAACUGUGAAAGUAGAUGACAAGAUUUGUGAAAUGAUAAAUAUUUAUUUGGAAAUUCUUUCUGAGGCUGCGUUGUCUGCUAAAAAGGUGUCGUUGGACUACAAAUCCCUCGACGCCAUAUUUGAGUUGCUGCACUGUGUAGACCACGUGCUAAGCCUGAGCGUGCCUUGGGCAGGGUUCCACCGGCUGUUCGAGGGGUCCAUAGCUGUGCUGAACGGAUUGCUGGUGUCGAGAGAAGAGCUGUUGGAAGACAGGUGGCCAUGCUUCAUGCAGUGCUACCGUUCGCUGGGCGUCCGCCUAUGCGCCGCGGAAUCGCCGGCGCAGCUUUCGCUUGGACCGCUCGCGCACUCGCUUGAGAAAUUGACCCAAGCGAUCUGCAAGAGGAAAACUCACGUAUCCAAAAUAGCAGCGUACACCGUCGGCGACCUGUGUUCUGCUAUAGAACGCUGCGUUCCUUCUAGAACAGUCCGCCAACAUCUAGAAAACUCGGUCUCCCUGCUCAUACAAGCAUCGGACACGGCGCAUGCCAUGGCGUUCCUGAGGCGAGCCCUAACUGGAAGCCCAGGACAAAUGACCAUGACUAACAUGUACACUAUGUAUAAAAGAUACCAUAAGUAUGUUGGGAAUGCUUAGAUUUUAUUUGUUAUAAGCUUAAUAAAGAUUUUUAUUCAA